ACGUGAAACUGAUUCGUUAAAAACACGGCAGCGGUUGUUUGAACUGUUCUGACAAGAAAUCGAUUUUGAAUGAAUCGAUAAGUGUCACGGCCACCCAUAGCGUCAGUGGAGUGGACGGGGAACAUGCUUAUUUGAUUGUUCUUCAACUUUCUGGAAAACAUUCUGCUCCAAGAUGUAUUCAGUUCCUGGUUUGCCCGAUGUUGGAUCAGAUGUUACCUUUCGUGUCACAAGAGUAAACUUAACGCCUCACAAUGUUUUAGUGGAAUUUGGAGGAAAUUUAAGUGAUGUACCAGAGACUGCCGAAUUAUAUCAGCACAUAAAAGAAGAGAUUGAUGUUGAGACUGCGAAGAAGGAUAGUUUUGAAGGCAAACCUGGAGAUGUAUGUUACAUGUAUGAUGAUAAAACCUGGCAUAGAGCAAGAAUACUUUCAAAAUCUGAACAUGAAUACAACGUAUUCUUAAUUGAUCAAGGUAAAAUAUUUUCGGCAUCAGGGAAUGUUUUAGAAAAAUGUCCGCCCAACCUUUUAGAUCAUCCACCCACUGUAGAACAUUGUGUAUUGGGCAAUGCAUCACCUCUCUGUGAAAAGAGUGGAUGGUCUGAGGCCGCUUCAGAGUUCAUCAGAUCUUUAUGUGGUAAAAGCAUCUCUGGAUGUGUUCAGGACGUGAUGAUGCCUUACAGAAUCUUAAUUCUUGAUGUUCCAAAUGUAUCCAAAGAAAUGAUUGAGCUUGGAUUUGCUAGAAAGAUAUCUGAUGACAAUUUUAAAAGCCUUGUAACCAGUUCACUGCAUUCAACCAAUCGAAACGCCACCACACGAACAGAUAUCUUGAUACCCGGUGCAGAGGACCCCCCAGUGGACUCUGAAACAUUGUAUCAGUACUUUUACCCAGAGUUGUUGGCUGGAACAAUUGAGAUUGUAACUGUAACGCAUGUGGUUCAUCCAUUGACAAUCUUCUGCAAAUUGGAUGUCUUUUCACAGGAGCUCAAGAAAUUAAGCGAUCAACUGCACAAAUGCAAUGAAGACCUGUUACCUUCCCUGAUGUCACAACCACUUUUUGACGGGUCCCCGUGCGCAGCCAAAGGAAGUGAUGGCAGGUGGCAUCGUUCUGUCCAUCAGGAAAGCAUAGUCUCUGAUGUCGUCAAAGUCUUUCAUGUCGAUUAUGGAAUCGGAGACUUUGUUAAACUCCGCAAUAUCAGACCUUUGUCUCCAAGGUUCUUUCAGUUGCCUGUUGUCACCUUUGCAUGCUCCCUGCAUGGGAUCGCCGACAAAGGAAUUGGAUGGCGGACCGAUCAGAUUGAUUUUCUCAAAUCUAUUGUCUUGGAUCAAGUCUUCAUUGGAAAGUUCGAGCAGCUCAGAGAAGGCGUCUACGACAUCACGCUCUAUGGGAAAGAUAAUGUGAAUGUGAACAAAGUUUUUGGCCACAAAGAGGAAUGCUUGUCUGUAGCAGAGAGAAUGUGUGACGCUGACCAGACUCUUGAGACAUUGAAGAAAGUAACAUACAGAUCUUUGAAUGAAAGUUUGCCUGUGUGCACAAAUUGUUCAACAGGUCCCUGUGAAGAUUUCGCAACAGCCUCAGAGAGACAAGAGUCCCUGAAUGAUGCUGUGUCAGGGUUCCUGAUACACAGGGAUGCUUAUGAAAUUUCACCACCCCAAAUUGAUGUAGGCACUAAAGAAAAGGUUUGGAUAACUUCUGUAUUAAGCGUAAAUCAGUUCUAUGGCCAUUUUGCACAAAAUAUUGACACUGUUAGAAAGAUGACUAGUGAUAUCGAACAACUGUGCUGCAAGCAAACUCGAACAACGUUUUCAGUUUCCCCAAAGAUGAUGUGCUUUGCCAAAUAUCCUGAUGGCCAUUGGCACAGGGGACAAAUAGAAUCGACACAUCCACAAAUUUUUGUCCGUUUUGUCGAUUACGGCAAACUGUUGGUUUUGGACAAAUCUGAAAUUCUACCUAUAACUCCAGAGGCCAGUGCAGUGGCAUCUAUUCCCAUUCAGGCUGUUGAGUUUGAGCUUUUCAAUGUGACAUUACCACAGUCAUCGGAACUCAAUGAGUGGUUUGAAAACUACGCCACAGAUGGCAUGUUCUCAAUCACUGUAAUGAAAAAAAAUCCUUUAGGCAAACUGUCAGUGGAGAUGCAUGAUGAGAAAACAAAUCUCAAUUUGAAAAUGAAAGAGAAAUUGAACCAGGCUAAAUGGCUGAAUCAAGAAGCAAAUAAGAUCGGCGCUUGCAAAGUGUUUUCAGAGGUUAUGGAGUCGGAGAGACUUAAAGAGCAUUUAAGUGUUACAACGCAAGCACAUGAGAAGAUCUGUAGGAAAGAGACUAAACCAGUUAUUCAAACAAAACAAAAAUGUAACUUCCCACCCAUGUCUGGGGACACAACGGGGCAUAAUGAUUCACAGCAACAUAAAAUGAUGUGUCAUUAUCCAAAACUAACAGAUCUUCCCUCAAAGGCUUUAGCUGAAGGAUAUGUUACAGAAGUUUAUCUUUCACACUGUAAUAGUCCAUCGAAUUUCUAUUUGCAUUUAAAGAGUGAAGAGGAUCAAAUAUUGUCCAUUCUGAAUGAACUGAAUUGUUCUCAGUUAAGCAGUGCACAAGUUGACCUCCAUGUGUUGCAGCCGGGUGACGUUGUGCAAGCAGAGUAUCCCUCUGACGGGGCUUGGUAUCGUGCUGUUGUUCAAAACAAAGAUGAAGACAAUGUUCACGUACAGUAUAUUGACUUUGGGAAUGAGGCGACACUCACGCCCCUUCAAAUAAGGCAACUCGAAAAGCGGUUUCUGAACACGCCCUUGCUCAGCGUUCACUGCUCACAUGAGGGUGAGAUGUCUGGAGGAAAAAGAGAUUGGACUAAGGAAGAGGUAAUGGCUUUCAAAAAGGCAGCAGGUGAAUACGGUAAGAAGAAAGUUCUUUGCAGGUUUAUUCGCCACGACGGAUCCGCUUGGCUGGUCCGUUUGGAACACCAGGGUGUUGUGUUGGAGUGGCCAUUCUUCGAUGUGAGCCGUUUUCAAACUGGCUCACAAAUGAUCUUCACAAAUGAACAUAUCUUACCACUAACAUUCAAAGAACCAGCUUUAAAAGAACGACAAACUGUAGAAGCGUACGCUUCAUCUAUCUGUGGGCCAAAUUAUUUCUGGUGCCAGUUCAAGAACUCCGAAGAACUUGACAAAAUCUCUUUGAUUGCUCAAGAAGUUGGAAACGUCACUCAAACGAAACCAAUUCUGCUAGAGCAGCUAUUCCAAGGUGUACUGUGCCUUGCACGCUUCUCGGAUGAGCUGUGGUAUCGUGCACAGGUUAUUCACAAGCUAGCCAAUGCAGUAUCUGUUGUUUUUAUAGAUUAUGGAAACGAGUCAGAAAUUGACCUGAACUUUGUGAAGUCCCUGUCCCAUGAGCUGCUGGAAAGGCCGCCUCAAGCAUUUCUUUGUCAGCUAGGAGGUUUCAAGUCUUCACAUGGCAUGUGGAGCGACGUUGCAUCCGAUACAUUUUAUGAACUUCUGGUGGAUGAGCCUUUAAACGUGACUAUUCAGAACACUGUAAUGUCCUCUGAUUUUCCAAAGUGUCCUCAGUAUAAUGUGGCGGUUGAAUGUAAGGGGCUUCUGGUUAAUGAUCUCAUGAAAGAUUAUUGGUGUGAUCUGAAACCUCAACUCUGCUGUCAAGGCACUAAAGCGAAAACCAUUGAAAGUGUCCAGAAAGAUGACAUCGCCAAAGCUGAUUUGAUUCAGUUCGAAAGAAAAGAUGUCAAUGCACAGAAGGUUUUUAAACAACAUUUACCUCAAGCAACAAGCCUUCCUUCUCGUGUGGUAGAAAGAGGUAUGGUGUCUGAAGUUUAUAUUUCGAAUAUCACCAGUCUGAGGAAUUUUUUUGUGCAGCUGGCCGAAGAUGAGGAUACUUUGUUUUCCCUUAAUGAACAAUUAAAUUCCUCUCGGAUAUCAGAGGCCGAUGUCAUUCACGAAUGCAGUGUUCAGAAGGGGAGUUUGGUGAAGGCUGUGUUUCCUGAAGAUGGUUGCUGGUAUCGUGCAGUUGUGAAGGGUACCACAGAGAAUGACUUGAUUCAGGUGGAGUUCAUUGAUUUUGGAAAUGAAGCCAUUGUUUCUCGGUCUAAUAUCUGCAGGCUUGAUAAGCAGCUACUUUCUUAUCCAAGGUUUAGCAUUCGUUGCAGCUCCAACAUUGAGGAUCGAUUCAAAAACCAGAAGGGAGAGGAGGCGGCAUUUCUCUUAAAAAAAAUGUUUGGUCAGGCUGGUGAGAACAAACUUUCUUGCAAGUUUAUUAAAGAAGACACGAUCACUUGGGAAGUUGAAAUGGCGCUCAAUGGGAGCAUGGCAGAUUCAUUGUUGGGUGAAAAAUGGGAUGAUUCAGAUCUGAAGGGGUUACUGAUUUGUUCCAAACAAAUGUCAUCUUUUAUUCCUGUGAAAGAAAAACAGAUGCCGUUUAAGAAACCAAAUGUGUCUUUGGGACAGAUGGUAGAAGCUUUCGCAUCAUGUAUUGUUGGACCGAAUUAUUUCUGGUGCCAGUUUGCAAACUCUGGACAACUUGACCAAAUUUACCUUGCAGCUCAAGAAUAUGGAAACUCAACAGAAACGCAACAAAUUCAAAUGGAUCGCUUGGGUCCUGGAAGCCCAUGUUGGGCUCGUUUCCCUGAUGACCUGAUGUGGUAUCGCGCACAAGUUAUUAAGAAAUGCAACAACUCUGUAUCUGUACUUUUUAUUGACUUUGGAAAUGAGUCUGAUAUCCAUGCAAGUUCUUUGAAAGCACUUCCCUCUAAGUUAUUGGAGACUCCACCUCAAGCAUUUCUGUGUCAGCUGGAAGGAUUUGCACCUUCAGAAGGAUCGUGGGACGAUCGUGCCGCCGAUCAUUUUCACAAGCUUUUAGUGGAUAGACCUCUGAAAGUUACUGUCAAUGGUAUUGAAAACACUGUAGACCCCAACAUCCCUCCAUAUUAUGUUAAAAUUGAGGUGCAGCAAUGCAGUAUAGUGAAUGAGCUCAUGAAAAACUUUUGGAGAGCUUCUGUUAGGCGAGAUGUACAUCCAACUGAGAUCUCAUCUGAAAAUGUUGCAUCAACAUCUGUGGAUAGUCAGAUGAGUGAAACUCAUUGUGUUCCUCUUAAUGGUGAUUGUAAAGAGUUAAGAGCAAAUGCAGAUUUGCCUGAUGUGCUCUAUGGUAAAGACGCGACUGCUAACAGGCCUAUAAGGAUGGAUUUACUUUCAGAAAACCACAAAGGAAUCUUUGAGUCCGUUGACGGAGUUCCUGUUGGAUCAGUUAAGCAAGCGUUGUCACACACAGAGGAAAGCAGAGAAGAUACCGAAGAUAUAGAUGCCCUGGCAACAAUGAGCAGGAGCAGAAGCUGGGCAGCUGGUUUAGAAAGUCGAACAUUUCUCAUGCUUGGCACUGAAGAAUACUGCGACUCAAUCAAGUGAAUCCCAGAAUGAUCAGCUUUUUAAGCAUAUUUAUUGCUGGGGUGGGAAGUUUGAAGGUUUAGUACUUUACAGUUUUUCAUGAGAAGAAUUUGUAUUUAUAUGUGCCACUGACGAAUAUUUGUUCUAAGCUGAUGUCUCAUCUCGCAAACGAGGCGAUAAGAUGAAAUGGAAUGUUUUAAGUUUUUAUGUCAAUCGUCAUGUUAGUUGACAUUUUUAAACAUGAAGCUUGUUUGCAUUUCUGUGGGUCAAAGUUGAAUUCUGAGGGUAUACAUCCUUUUCUUUCAAAAUAAAUUGUGUGCAUUGUAAAUAAAUAUUCUCCGCAUCAAAAUAUGUUUUCUGGAGUUAAACAUUUUCAUUGAGUUUGCUUUGUUUUGCUUUUAUAUUUGUGCCUAACUAUUAAAAUAAAUCUUGCGCUUUCUAAA